GAUAAUAAUAAUAUUGAUAAUAAUAAUGAUAAUAGUAAUAGUGAUAAUAGUGGUAUUAGGAUUUAUAAAGCCAAAGAUGAGUUCAAAACCUUCAUCAUGUUUCGGCCGGUUGUGAUGGCCCAGCAAAAUCCUGAGCCUGUUUAUGACCUUAGUGAUUGUGCUAUGGUUGAACUUCCACCAGAUACCUUUGUCAUGUGCAAGCUGUUGCAGAAAACUAGCCUUAUUUUGAAUAACAAUUUAAUAACAUCCUUUGAGAAAGGAGGAAAGCUUCAUGAGCUUGAAGCUAUAGAAUUCUUAGACCUCAGCAACAAUAAGUUGUCUCAUCUUCCAGAUGAUAUCCAUAAACUACGAAAACUUAAAGUCUUAAAGCUAGGUACCAAUAAACUUAAACACUUACCAUCUUCAAUGGCAGAUAUGUCAAAGUUACAAGAACUGGAUUUGUCCACUAAUAAGUUUUCCAAAGUGCCUACAAGUGUAUGUGCCUUGCCAGACUGA